AUGAAGAUAAUGAAAAAUGGGAGAUUUGGGUGCAAUUCUUUAACUCCCAAGCUCAUGGCCAUUGCAGGAGUGCUGGCCGUGGUGGCAAUAUGUAUGGUAAUGUUUCUAUCUCCUGGAGAGGCUGUUGAUGACAUAGAGAUGCCUAACGAUGAAUUCCAAACAAAGACAUACAUUCAAGCUUCAAGAAGAAUGAGAGAAGAGCUCACAAUAAGAAAGGACGAUUUCGACGGAUUUUAUUUCACACUGAGGCUUAUAAAUCCUGCGAGAGAUAGAGUUGUGAUGAUAGUGAAUGGAACAAAGAUAAGAACAAUAGUGAGCAGCAAGUAUAUAAUCCGCUUUGUGGAGACGAUUGAGAAUAACGACAAGUCUCCAUUCUAUUUCAUAUUUCUUUCAUACCUUAUGGGGUCAUUGUACUUCCCUGUGGGAACCAUUAACUUUGUCUCGAACUCCGAGGGGAUUUGGUGCAACGACAUUUGCUACAAAGGACAUCCUGCAAUCUUCAGGAGAAUAUGCUUACUUCUGAUAAGAAACAUUAAAUAA